CCGGGGCACCGGCCGUUUGGGCCGUUGGGCUGCGCGAGGCCCGUCGGGAAGCCGUCGGGAGGCCGCGCUUCCCGCGGCGGCCGGCGGGUGCUGUGCUGAGGCGGCGCGGUGGAGCUUGGGCGGCGGCGCGUCCCGCCCGAGGGCGGCUCUGGCUGAGGGCGGAGGGGUCGGGGGAGAGCCUGGGGCAGCGGCUGAGGCGGGAAGGCGGCGGCGGGGGCCGCUGCCCCCGGAAGACCCGGCCGAGAUGCUGGCGGAAAACCUAGUGGAAGAGUUUGAGAUGAAGGAGGACGAGCCAUGGUACGACCACCAGGACCUCCAGCAAGAUCUCCAACUUGCUGCUGAGCUUGGAAAGACAUUACUGGAUCGGAACACAGAAUUGGAGGAAUCUCUUCAGCAGAUGUAUACAACCAAUCAGGAGCAGUUACAGGAAAUUGAGUAUCUGACCAAGCAGGUGGAGCUUCUGCGGCAAAUGAAUGAACAGCAUGCAAAGGUUUAUGAGCAAUUAGAUGUCACAGCAAGAGAACUGGAAGAAACAAAUCAAAAGCUAGUGGCUGACAGCAAAGCCUCACAGCAAAAGAUUCUGAGCUUGACUGAAACAAUUGAAUGCCUACAAACCAACAUUGACCACCUCCAGAGCCAAGUGGAGGAACUGAAGUCAUCUAGCCGUGGGAAGAGGAGCCUGGGGAAGUGUGACCAGGAGAAAUCAGCACCUAGUUUCUCCUGUCUUAAAGAGCUGUAUGACCUCCGCCAACACUUUGUGUAUGAUCAUGUGUUUGCGGAGAAGAUCACAUCCUUGCAAAGUCAGAGAAGCCCUGAUGAAGAAGAAAACGAGCACUUGAAAAAAACAGUGACAAUGCUGCAGGCCCAGCUGAGCUUGGAGCGGCAGAAGCGGGUGACCAUGGAGGAGGAGUACGGGCUGGUGCUGAAGGAGAACAGCGAACUGGAGCAGCAGCUGGGGGCCACGGACGCCUACCGCGCCCGGGCGCUGGAGCUGGAGGCUGAGGUGGCAGAGAUGCGGCAGAUGUUGCAGUCAGAGCACCCAUUUGCCAAUGGGGUUGAAAAGCUGGUGCCAGACUCUCUCUUUGUUCCUUUCAAAGAUCCCAGCCAGAGCCUAUUGGAAGAGAUGUUCCUGACUGUGCCGGAAGCACAGAGAAAGCCUCUCAAGCGCAGUAGCAGUGAGACAAUCCUAAGCAGCCUGGCAGGGGGCGACAUUGUGAAGGGCCAUGAGGAGACCUGUAUCAGGAGGGCCAAGGCUGUGAAGCAGAGGGGUAUCUCCCUUCUGCAUGAAGUGGACACUCAGUACAGUGCCUUGAAGGUAAAGUAUGAGGAGCUGCUGAAGAAGUGCCAGCAGGAGCAGGACUCUCUGUCCCAUAAGGCUGUGCAGACCUCCAGGGCACAAACCAAGGACCUGACUGGAGGCAAUGCCCAGCUGGAGCCCAUCACUGAUGGCUGGGAACUGGCCUCUAUUGCCCCAGAACCCAUCGCUUCCCCCACCACCACGCCACCUCCAGAAUACAAAGCACUUUUCAAGGAGAUCUUCAGUUGCAUCAAGAAAACUAAGCAGGAAAUAGAUGAACAGAGAACAAAAUACCGAUCACUCUCUUCUUAUUCCUAAAUGAACCUCUAGCUCUGCUGUAAUUUGCCUAUUUCCUAUCACCUCUCUUUCCUAUUCAUAUAAGUGUUUCUAGACUCUAAAGCCUGAUGUUGCUCAUGACAUCUUCUUGUUGCUUUGGGUGUUUAGCAAAUGUAUGCAGUAAGGAUUGGAGGUGGCUACUGAUUUCCCCAGGAAAUCCCAUGACAAACUGGCCUCUGGCUGGUGUGCUGAUUAAACUGCAAUUCCUGGCAAAGAACCAAUGGUGGGAAGAUCUAUACUUCUAAAGAAGUAGGGCUGGAGUUAGUAUAGUAUGGGGAGAGAGGGCAGAAGUGGAACAAACUUGGAGCAAUUCCUAUUGUUUCCUUAAACACAGCUUCUCAAAACCAUAUACAGUCAGAGGGCUGCAAAAGUGAAAUCUCUUUUGCAAACACUGCUGGAUACUGUGAAUUCAUUAAGAAGAAUGUUCAGGAGAAAGCAGGGGUCUAAUCCAAAAUGUCAUUAGCAAAUACUCCAAGGCUCUUGAGUUUUGUUAUAUCUAUUUGCUACUAUUUGAACUGUGACUGACAGAUAAUCCAAUAUAUCUAAAUCCAGCUGAAUAAAUUGAACUGGCAAUCUUUGGUUUGAUCAAAGUUAGCUUGUUAGCAUAUACCCUAGAGGGUCUCCAUCCCCACAUUCAAAUAUUUGUACUCAAAUCUCUAGCUUUUAGGAUAGGUAAAUAUGUAAAUCUGUAAUCCCUUUCUCAAAUUCAAACCCCUUCCUCUCCUACAUGUCUGAGCUGGCUAACUCGCCAGGCACAAGCUGCUCUUGCUCAUUUCUUACCAUUCCUGUAAAUGUUUUUGACUUGCUGCAGAAAUUCCUGUCUACUACUUUAUUAAGCAGUAUUGAUGUUCUGACUGUGGAAAUAUACUUAUCCUCUCACUU